AUGCCGGAAAUGGCGGAUUCACCGGGCAAUGCGAAGCCUCACGUCAGCAGCAGCGCGGUGGGUGACGGAGCAGACGCCGCGCAGAACGAGGCGUACGCCCUGUCGCUCCUCCUCAAUAAAGUCGUUGAGAAGAUGAACGCAACGCGGCGUGAAUGCCGCGCAGAGCGGGAGGAGCUGAUCAAUAGCGUUGAAUCACAGCUGCAGGACAUGCGAACAGAGACGAUGACCACGCGAAGUGGACAACAGCAAUUGCAGCGUGAGGUGCGUGCGGUGCAGGAGAAGCUGCAAAACGCCGUCUUUGAGUGUGCUGCGCAGAUUCAGAGCAGCAGCGACCGUCUGGGCGUGACUGCGCUCGCGAAGGCGUCGCACAAGUUGCACCGCGACACGCAGCAGGCGGUGAGUGAGGUGGAACUGCUGAAGGCCGCCGUCUUCUACGACCGCCUCAGGCGUGAGGAGCGUCAGAAGGCUGACGACGCUGAGGACGAGGAGCUGGAGGCGCGGCUACAGCAGGCGGAGCUCGCUAAUGAGGAGCUGCGCCGCACUGCAGUGCGCCUGCGUUCGCAGAACCAGCAGCUCGUGGCAGUGCUGCAGGGCGUUGUGGGCUCGCUGGAGAAGUGGAAGCCGCAGGUGACGCAGCAGCAGCUGCAGCUGAGGCAGACGCUGGAGGGGUUUGCCCGCGUGCAGGCGGAGCACAUCCACAUCGUCGGCACCGUGGAGUCCCUCGUACACUCGGUGGAGCAAUACAAGGCGAAAAACGACGAAUGUCUACACAAGCUCGAAAAGACCGUUGCGGAGUUCGAACAGCAGCAGGAGCGGUGGCAAAACAAGCGCUGUUAUAACGGUGCCAUGACGAACAGCAACGCAGUGUGGCGUCACCAAAACCAAAAACAACAGCAGCAGUGCCAACAUCAUGCCCCGGAGGCAUUGCAUGAGGCUACAGGUCGUCCGCUGCGACAGCGACUGGAGCAUUUCUACAGCAUCUACAAUGCCGAGAAGAUUCCCUCCGUGGAUGCUAUUAUCGAUGAGUAUGUGGGCGCUGAGGAAGAACUAAUGGCGGCGCUUGAGGUGCACUACGGCGCGUUCGGAUUUUUCUCAUACAAUUAG